UCUGUUCAUCAGCUGUCAGUCUCCCCCCCAAAACAAAAUGGCUUCACGUUGUCUCCACUGCCUCUAGCCAGCUGCAAGUUACGAUGCCUUUCCUUCCCUCACACCUCCUUACCGACCAUAUUUAUAAGGAAUGAAAUGGGACUCGUCACUUUCCCGAGUAAACUGCAUUUUAGAUGCUGAUCUUCAGCCUUAAAUGUCUAGCACAGGCAAAAUGUCACGUACAACAGGGGCCUCCACGAGCAAGCAGAAUGGUGGGGCAACACUCUACCAGUGUGAUGUUUGUGGCAAGGACUUUCCUUUUAAAGUUGUACUUGAUAUGCACAAAAAAGAUCACACAUUUAAGAAUGUUUUCAAGUGUCACAUCUGUGGUGUGUCGUACCCCAAGAAGAGUCAGCUGGACAUGCACUACAGGAAGCACACGGGGGAGAGACCGUUUAAGUGUGACGAGUGCGACUCUUCGUUCAUGAACAGCAGCAACCUGCAGCGUCACAAACGUAAACACGUCUGUAAGCGGCGCUACGACAGCGACGAGUGGGAGGCGGCUUACACCCUGAGUGACAACUUGAGUGCGGAGAAACGCGCCAAAAACACCGCGGAGGAAGACGGCUCGGAGAACCCCUAUGCCUGUACUGAAUGUGGUGAGACUUUUGCUAAAAUGAACACCCUGAUGGUUCACAAAAGAAAGCACUCCGGCGACCGGCCCUUUGGCUGCGAGGAGUGCGGGGCCAUGUUUGCCGUACGUGCUAGCCUGGACUACCACAAGCUGAAACACUCGGGAGGUGAGUCGUCCUACUGGCACAACGUGUGCGACAUAUGCGGCGAAGCCUUUACCUCUAAGGACGGUCUUAUGCAGCACCAGAGAAAACACACUGGUGCCCGGCCAUUUAACUACGACAGGUACUUUGCAGCGUUCUCUAGUUCUGGCGACGGAGCUCCUCUGGACGCCGGCCUGCAAGUGUCUGGACAGCAGAUUGGUGCACAGCAGGCAGGUGCACAGCAAACAGCAGUGCAGCAGGUUCCUGGACCAGAGCAGCAGCAACAGCUUCCAACACACCAUCAGCAACAACAACUACAACACCAUCACCAACUACAACAUCUUCCAAACCAGCAGCAGCAGUAUCCCCAGCACAUACACCACCAACAAGGAGAGCAAGAAUCAUCAGAACUAACCCUGCAGCUGCAUGAGUUACAGCCGUCUCCCCAGCUGCACCAGUUAGGGACCCAGGGCACUCCACAUCUGCAGAUACCUUCAGCUCUCGGGGGUCAACAUGCCUCUCAGGGGUACGUAGCCCAGGUGAGCCAGGAGCAGGUGGUUCCUGGACCUAUGGGGCCUCAGGCCUUACCAGUGCAGCAAGCUAAUGGUGAAAUGGUUAACUUACAGGGCGUCAGUAUCAAGGAAGAGCCACGUGAAUGACUGACCCUCAAGUUCUUGUGUGAAGGAAGAACCUCGUGAAUGACUGACCCUCAAGUUCUUGUGUGAAGGAAGAACCUCGUGAAUGACUGACCCUCAAGUUCUUGUGUGAAGGAAGAACCUCGUGAAUGACUGACCCUCAAGUUCUUGUGUGAAGGAAGAGCCACGUGAAUGACUGACCCUCAAGUUCUUGUGUGAAGGAAGAACCUCGUGAAUGACUGACCCUCAAGUUCUUGUGUGAAGGAAGAACCUCUUGAAUGACUGACCC